AGAGAGGCGAUGCUCACACGUGCACCUCGGGGCAUUCACGAGUUGGCAGUCGGCUGUUGAAACCCGCCCGGUGAAUGCCUCCGCAGCCUCUCGUGCAAGGAUUUUUACCGACCUUUCGAUACAUACCUAUGGGGUCCGCGUACACGCGCCAAUUUCCAACCUACGUCAGAAAAUAUAUAAUUAGCGAACGCCCGCCGCUUCGAGAAAGGAGGAACACGAUUGAAAACCAAGUGUGUGGUAAACGUCGGCGGCAGUGACGCGUGACACAGACGUCGAAGAAAGUGAAAUGUGAUUCUCCAGUGGACAGGAAGUUGUAAGACGGAUUCGGGCAUUCGACAAGUUUCGCUCGAUUUUAGAGCUAACGUUUUUUACGUUUAACACAGACGCGCGUUCGAGAGAAAUUCAGUACAAUUAAAACGGCGACACGCAUCAGCGAGGACCUCGUACGAGACCGUUCGAGCGAUCGAAAUGCGUAGAUUAUGGUUCAAGUAGACGGCUUGUGACGACUCGUUGUGUUGGUAAAUAUUACGAUACAAAUAGCAUCGGGAGAUAUUGCUAUAUUUAUACCAUGAAAUUUGAUUUAUUAUGAAUAGGAUUCGUGUAUAAGAAGAAUGUAUGAUCUAUUUACUAAAGAGACAGAAUCAUUAGCGAUCUCGGUCGUUUGAGAGAAAACAAGUCGGACAGUACUACGGAUAACAGUUCUAAGAAAGAAAGAAAGAAAGAAAGGCGUAAGAAAUCGAUUGCCUUAAACGGAGGAAAAAUGCUCCCUGCGUCGGAAUGAGCUCGUAAUGCAGCGUAAUAACGGUUUCAACGAUUUUUCGCGUGUCAGUGGAUCACUAGGUUUUCUAGCCAUACCGUCUGGCUGGGUUUUUGCAAAAGUUCACAGAGGUUCCGCUCGUCGCGUCAUUCGUCAUUCAUCGAUUAAUCAAUUCCUCUUUUAAUACUUGGUGCGAACAGCGUUUACUUUCUUCGGACAAAUUGAUUCAUCCAACUGUUCAUUAGAUUCUUAUCGCUGUAAAUCGGCAUGGAACGAUAAGACGUCUCGAUUCGUUCCGCGUGGUACGUGUGCAAUCGUGAAUCGUUCGAAAUUUCCAUCGGGACGCCGUUAUAUCGAUUUGAAAGAAAUUUGCACGACGAAAGGUCUAAUGUGCCACUGGAUAAGAUGAAUGGCUGUGGACGUUCGCGACAGGACGCGUUUCGAAGGAACUCGUUCUUUUCCAUCCGAGUGCGCCAACGGGGGCCGUACAUGAUGGCAGUACACGAGCAACAAGUAUGGGAAUCGUCGAGCCACCGACUACUGUGACACUAAUGACGUUAACGACACGAAGAUAAUAUGUCGCGUGAAUCGUAGCAAGGACGCGUAUACCGGUAUCAGUAACGAGACUAUAAUUGUACCCGUAGAGCGAAUUACUCUAAUUAAUGAAGUCGUAAUUAAGCGAAAAUUAAGAUUCAACCGAACACGAUCCGAGGGUGCACGUGUAAGUGCAUCGAUGACAUUAUGCAACCAAGGUACUGUUCGUAUGUCACCCGAUAGAAAUGUACAAAUAACGAUAUAGAAAUCGCUUAAACGAUCACGUGUUGAAGUCGUGGGGAUAAUUUAUGGAUUUGCAUGUCGAGAUAUGUUAAUAAAGUUACGAGGACGUGCUUUUAACGCUUCCGCCGAUGGUGAAAGAAGGGUAGACACACGCGGCUAAUUUAUAAAUGCACCCUUCGAGGGGUCAGCCAAGCCUGUAAUUACGCAAGUACGAACACACGCUGGUGGAGGCAAAGACAAUGCAGGAGAUAGCGUGAUAUCGGUGAGACAUCGCGCGAGAAAAAUUCCUCAUUGUCCAAGGAAUGUGGGCGUAUCACGCGAGAUAUCUGAUCGAUAAGGAGAAAAAUCUUGCGAGCAAAGAGGAUUACAAAAAGCACUCUGUACGCGGUGCAUAUCGUUAAUGUAUCUCGUAGCGUUAAAACGAAUUAAUCUGAGAAAAUAGAAGGGAAUCUAUGAAACUAUAAACGAAUGAAAUAAAGAGAAUAGAAGAAACUCUAUAAAGGUAUGAAAUAGGAAGAAACUAGAGACAAGUGCUUUCUUACCUUGCUUCGUAUGAUCGCAAAUUGUGAAAGUUUAUUUUUAUCGAAAUUUCAGACCUUCUUUGAGAACUGAUUAAAGCAAUAAAAGUCAAGAUAAAUAAAAAAUUGCACGUCGCAAAGUACUGACAACUGAUAAAAUGGGGAACACAAGAUCGCAGCCUUGCCAACGAAGCAAGUCGCUUUACCUAUUCUACCUUAUCCAUAGAACGUGGAGUAUUGUAACUGAUCAUCGAAAGGAACAUGGUCGCUCCGAUGAUGCCGAUCGAGAAUCUGAUUUAUCAUCGAGGUGCAGCGGAUGCAACACGUGUGAUUACGGACAAGACAGUCUUACUUUCGACAGCGAGACGGACAUGGCUCCGAACGCGGAGGAGGAGUUGCUGGUGGUAAAGCCGUGGGGUCCACAACCGGAAAAGGAGCGAUUAAGACCACCUACGUACAACGCCGAGGACUACGCGAUCGCCCUCAGACGAUGGGGAAGGCGUCCAUUAGGAAGCGUUCAAGACUCGCAUGGUACCCUGCCGUCGACAACCAGUUCGAGUUCCGGUUACGCUUCCGGAAGCGGCGAGAUGACCUUGAGACAAUUCACGUCGGUCAGCGAGCUUCUGAACAAGCUCAGAGCUGACCUGAGGCUAGCGUUUCCAAGCUUCGUUCAGGAAUUCGCUUCACCGCCAGCCGAUGGGAUAACUUUGUUACUUGAGACACUUCGCGGUGUUCAGUUGGCCCAAAGCUCACCACCGUCUUCCGGUCACACGGGUCCAAGAGUGGGUACCAGAAGAGCUGCACUGGACGAGUUGGGUUGCGUCGAAUGUUUGGCUGCCUGCACCGAACGAUGCACCGACGCACCGAGGCUCCUAGUGCAAGCCCAACCCGGUCUUCUUGCUCUGGCAGUUUGUCUGACUAGUAGCUUGAACCGGUCCCGAGUCCUAGCUCUCCAGUUACUGACAAAGGUCUGCCAGACACCGGGUGGUCACGCAGUGGUCUCGGAAGCUGUAUCUACUCUUAGGCUGAAAUAUGGCGAGGGUGGAAGAUUCCGUUUCCUCGCUGGAGCUCUCCUGGCUCCCAGAGCAGCGAUUGCACUGAGAGUCGCAGGAGUUUCAUUCCUGAACGCCUUCCUAAAAUCUGCAUCGCGGACGCAAACCAGAUUGUACAUUCAGGCUGAAGCCUGCGAAGCUGGACUGGAGCCGCAGGUCCUUCAAGAAUGGCUGAAAGAAUUGGACGGCAGGGAGGAGGACGCUUUGAACGAUCUUCUACAUAAGGAAGUUCAGAAAUGGUCGCACAACUGCGUGGACGUGGACGCCCUACAGCGACGAGUUGUACGUGCCGAGGAAACUUGUAGGAUUCUCAGUAAAAAAGUUUCGGCUCUGCAGACGCAACUUCAACAAAUGCAAUUGGAGAAGUUGAACAAUUACAACCUGGAGGAUCGUGAGAAGAUGACAGUGCUUGGUACGAAACAGUCGCCGAAAAUGUCCUCGAACGCCGAGGACGAAGGCAUCAGCUCGUCAGAGAGAUCGAGUAGUCCAGAGAAUACGAAGCACCAGUCGCGAACCAAUCAUCAGAAAGUCAGCGCGUCUCCGGACAACGAUCAGGAAACGACGAUAGACGACGUGAUCGAGGAACUGAGGAUUAUCGUGAAGGACGCGGAGCAAGAGAUCGGAGACAAGAACCACGAACAGAAUCGGAUAGAUCAUGGGGAUCAGGACUUUUAUAACGAGAAUUCUUCCAAGACGAAGUUACAUAGAACUAAUUCGAAGGUUUCGUUAAAUAACUCCGAAACGUACGUUUACGAGAAAGUCUUGAAGAGAGAUCAUCAAACGGACACGAAGAUUUUGAAGUCUAACACCGGUUCUAACGUGUCCCAAAGCAUGAUCAAAGGUGAACAGGUGACUUACUUUGGUAAUGAUCGGGAUUACAGUACAGAUUCCAGUGGCGGCGGGAGAUUGAACGGUGAAACACGCAGAGUUUCGAAAUCUUCCGUGGAAGGAAGCGUAAAGAUCGUUGUAAAGGGACCUGACGUGGAAGAAGCGAUCGUUCCGACUAUUCUACAUCCCCAACCGCCUAGAAAAUCACCGCCUUGUUUGUCGGCCAUCAUGGCAGUGAGGCACUGUGACUUUAUCGACCAGGAAGAGGCGUUCAAUUCUCACGAUGAAGAUAUCGAAGACGAAACACUGGGUGAUGGUAGCGAUUCCCUUCUCAGUGCUUCUCGGCUGAAAUAUAGUGGCAAGAAUCAAGCGUACGAGGAACAAAUGAAAAACACCGAGGUCGAUCAUUUCCAAAAGCAGUGCAACCGGAAGGAAACAGAAAAUACCAGUGAUCGUAAGAUGAAGAAAAGCUUCGACGAUCUCCGGUGUUUCAGUGAAAACGAAAUAAAAGAGAAAAAAACGAUCAGGAACUACGAGACAUCGUGCAAUACGAAGAACAAAACGACGAACGAGACGAAAUCGAGUAACAGACAAACAGACGGAAUUUCCCACAGACAUAGCUCGAAAUAUAGAAGCGAGGUGGAAAAGAGGAAACUUCUUCGUAGAUCUGCGAGUCACGAUUAUCUCGAAUCGAGUGCUUCCAGCCCACGAUCGAGAAGAUCCAGUAAAAGUAGAGUGGAGAAUCACAUUAGAAAGUUUGAGAGCCUGAACUCUUUCGACGAGCAUCGAAGUCUCCAGAGUUACGGAAGACCCGGCAGCUCGGAGAAUUUAAGCAAACAGGAGCAGUUUUUCGGAGAAGGAAACUCGAGAAGUAGGAUGCGCAGAUCAGAGUCGUUCCAUCACGUAUCUCAUAUCGCUAGAAAGGAUCAGUGCUCGUCACAAGGAGGAAGUGACAGUGGAUUGUUCUAUGUCACGGAUUUCAACCUUGAACCUCUGGUAACGCGGAGACCCAGAUCCAUCGAGGCUCCAAAAUCUCCCAAUCUACUAACCAAAUCUUUGGAUAGGAUCGACGAAGGUCUAGACUCGAUGAUCGAUAUUGUAAUCAUGGAGGAGAAAACUCAAUGGAGUUCUAGUAAAUAUCAAUCCAAGACGAAAAAGUGUCGAGAAGAAAGGGCACUUGUUAGAUCGAAGUCAAGUAGAUUAGAAGACUCGAAAAGUUGCUUCGAACUGACAUCCAAAGGGAGGAAAGAAGAAUCAAAGAGUAAACAUCUAAAAAGCGAUGAAUUUUAUUCCGGGCAUGUGAGCAAUAAGCAAUUAAGAAGUGACGAACUGUACGAGGAACAGAGAAAUCGAGAAUGGAACGAGCUUAAUUCUUCCAGGAAAAACGAAUUAGAUCUUGACUGUACUCCAAUGAUACUGAUGAAGAAUGGCGUGAGACAUAAUUCAUUCUGUCAGAAUGAGAAUAUUGGUAACAGGUUCUUGAAUAAAUCGAUGGAUUCCGGGAUUUUCGCUGGACGAACUUACGACACAUUUGGAUUAGGGAAAAAUCGGUUUAAUGCUGGGAAAUAUUCGGGAAAUCAACAGAUGAAAGAAAGUCCAAUUGGAAGAAGAAACACUACUUCCUCUGCAGGCGGAAAUCGUGGAAAAGUCACUGAUGUUGUUUCAGGGCUUUAUUAAAACUAUUUGAGUGUAUUCAAAUUUCUUGAUUCUGCUCAUAUGCUCACAGAAGAUAUUGUAUAAUAGAUUGGAAUAUAUUCUUGUACAGAUUUGAGAGAGUUAUCAAGAAGCUUUAAGCGAUUUUUGCUUAAUAUUUCAUAAACGUUUCGUAUUUCUUUUCUCACACUCGUUA